AUGCAUGUCAGGCUAUGGGACGGGUCCGAGGUAAAGACUAAAUACAUCGGCUCAGAGUUUAUGGGCCAUUCAUCAGCUCAAGACAUCGUUGAAAAAAUCAGCAACUUGCUUUCUGAGACCGGAAUCAAGAAUCUUGUCCAAAUCUCAAUAGACAGGCCGAACGUAAAUUGGAAAGUAUUUGAAACUCUCCAGAAGCAAGUGCAGAAUGAUGUGGGAAAGUCACUAAUCAACAUAGGUUCGUGCGGGUUGCACAUACUACACAAUGCGUUCAGACAUGGAUGUAAAUCCGCUGGAUGGGAAGUCGAACACGGACUCUCUAGCCUGUAUUGGCUGUUUCAUGAUUGCCCCGCUCGUCACGAAGAUUUUGUGACAGCAACCGGAUGUGACACUCCCAUGCUCAAGUUUUGCAACCAUCGGUGGAUUGAAAAUGUGAAUGUGUCAGAAAGAGGAUUGCUGCUCUGGCCACAUGUGAAAAAAUACAUCGACAUGGUAGAGAGAGGUGAACUUCAGAAUCCCAAAGUGAAGUCGUUUGAUGAGGUGAAGAUGCCAUGUGCUGAUCCUCUAUUUCCAGUGAAAGUGGAGAUAUUUAACAGCAUUGCGAGAGAAAUCGGCCCCUUCCUCACCAUGUAUCAGUCAGACCAGCCCAUGCUGCCGUUCCUUUCUGAUGACAUGUACAAACUGAUCAAAGGCCUCAUGGGACGAUUUCUGAAAGAAAAGCACUUGCAAGAGGCCACAUCUACACUUAAGCUUCUUCAGGUCCCUUUUCAGGACAGCAGUCUGCACAAGGAUAGUUCUCAGGUUGAUAUUGGAUUUGCAGCACAAGUCACUCUCAACCAACUCAAGUCUUCCAAAAACAUUUCUGAAAGGCAGAGACUAGAGAUUAGGAUGGACUGCAAGAAACUCUUGAUUGCACUCCUUGAGAAGUUGCUGAAAAAGGCUCCAGUGCAUCACACAUUAGUGAGAAGCAUGCAGUGCCUUGACCCGAGACGUAUGGCUGAAUGUAAAGAACUGUGCGCAAGUCAAAUGAGAAGAAUGCUGCACAUACUUGUAGAAGCUAAACAUGUAAAUGAGGUUAUGUGUGAUGACAUCCUUCGAGAGUUUAGGGAGUUUUGUGAUUUGGCUGCUCUUCAGGCUAAGUUCAGGGAAUUUGACCCGAACAACACUCGAGUGGACACCCUGUUGCAUGAGACAAUGGGGACAAAACCAUCAUUUUCCAAAGUGUGGGAUGUUGUGAAGAUUCUGCUUGUCUUGUCACAUGGACAGGCCAGUGUGGAAAGAGGCUUUUCCAUCAACUAA